GUCUGAUAUAGAAGGCCAUUCACAAAGAAGAAAGCUCAAUUUCCAUCUUAUCAUGAAGUUCCACAAGUCCAUUUCCACCUCGCACAGGGCCAUUGCCCAUCUAUUCUUGCUAGCCCUUGCCCUCGCAUGUACCACUACCACCCACGCUCGCAUUCUAGACCAAGUCUUGCCACCCACUCCGGCAGUCAUCCCUGCAGCACCGGCUUUUGGUCCGGUCCAACCUUCUGUCACCCAAGUAAUUCCUAUCUCGGCUGCACCUGCUGCCACUGUCUCACUCCCACCAGCUGGCGUGGCUGCCGGCCCAACUGCAUCCGCAUCGGCCGGUUCAGCCGUGGUUGGUUCAGGUACAAACCAACAACCUAUGUCCUUCUUCAUGCAUGACAUUGUUGGUGGGACAAACCCCUCAGCUCGAGCAGUCACCGGAAUCGUCACCAACCCAGCCGUCAACGGUGAACUCCCAUUCGCUAGACCUAACGGUGCAGUUCUUCCCGUUAACAGCGGCGUUCCACUCAAUAACGGUAACAAUGGAAUCGUCAACAACAACAACAUUCCAUUCUUAACCGGCUUAGGCGGUAACACUAACACUGUAUUUCAAAACAACGGCGGCAACAACUUGAUCAACGGUGGUGGUGGUGGAUCUACGUUUCCGGUAGCCAACGGUGGCAAGAUGCCUGCGGGGAACACGCUUGAGGACCUUACGUUUGGAACGAUGACGGUGAUAGACGAUGAGGUGACAGACGGAGAGCAGUUAGGGUCGGGUUCGGUAGGGAAGGCACAGGGGUUUUAUGUAGUGAGCUCGGAGGAUGGAACCAGUCAGACAAUGGCGUUCACCGUCAUGUUUGAAAGCGGUGGUUAUGCGGAUAGCUUGAGUUUCUUAGGGGUUCAUCGAACGGCAGUGACGGAGUCGCAACUUGCUAUCAUGGGUGGGACGGGAAAGUAUGUGAAUGCCAGGGGAUAUGCCGCCGUCAAGACCCUUCCUUCUACUGAUCAGAAUUCCACCGAUGGAGUUGAGACUCUGCUUCAGUUUACGGUUUACGUCACUUACUAAUGUGUGCUUAGGAUUUGAUAGAGCAAAUAUGUUUCUA